UUCCACGGGUAAAAAAGAAAAAGGGUGAAAUUUGAUCAAACAUUUUUUUUUAAAUUUCAACGUCGAAAUCGACUUACUCGCUUGUCUGCAUUCGAAACGAAUUUUCAAUUUGUCGCCCUUCGCCCCACUUUACAUCUCGGCCAUUCAUUCUCUCGGAAUCGUUUUCGGCAUGAAAAACGGAAGUUCCUUUUCUUUACAGUGAAACUUUCUACCGAUAGUUUGGUGCGCGCGAAAAUCACUCUCCCGCUUCCGGUGACAGACCGGUAAUCGAGUAAUCGCUUGGUGAAACCGAAGAACUUCGGGAGUGUCUCGUUUGCCGGAAGUAUAAAAAUGAAAGAGGAAGGGCAGGGGGGAAGAACGAUGGCGCCGAUGUUCGCGUCGCCUGUCGAGAUUUCAUAAAGUCAAUUUCCAUCGGGUAUAGGCAUCGUCGUCAAACUUCUUCGGAACGUCCCAACGUUCGUAGCUGUACAAGAAUGACGAGAUACUAGAGAGGGGGUUUACCGUUUAAUUACUUCCGGUUUUCAUAUAUCGACAAUAUUCAUAAGACCGAGGUACCAAUAAGUUGGUAGAAUUAAAAAUGGCCAAAAUAAUUAAUUUCACAAAAAAAGAUUCUCCAUGACCAACGAUAUCUAGUGAGCAUUAUUAUACGUACAUAUGUGGAAUUUAAAAUAUACAGUUUAAUACAGGGUUAUUCAGGCUAGCCUGUUCAUUUGAUUUCAGUGACACGUCAAAUUUCCAAAAGUGCCUCCGAACUGAAUAACCCUGUAAUCCCAGUUACUAUUGUAUUAUGAUUAAUGAUAAUGAUAACAAGAACAACAAUAAGGACACGUAUUCUCAUUAGCCUAUAAGUAAGCCAAAGCUGCUUACAGCAGCAAUGAGUUAUAUUAAGACAGAAUGUGCGCAAGAGAUAGUCGCUGCAUCUCAUUGUAUUAAAAUACUAAAGUGGCUUGGAUAAGAUGCAUCUAUAAAGUGCAAUACAAAGAUGCAUCCACGUAGUGCACGGUAUAUCCACUUACAAUGAAUAACGCAAAGGCGUACGAUACAAGGCACUUAGAAUAACAUAUAAAAUAUAUAUUUUCUAAUUAAUUUUAUAAAACUAUCAGUCAUACGGUAAAAAUAUAUAAAAAGUUCAAUCAAAGGUACAAGCGUUAAACGUAGCCACGCAGUCUAAUCAAUCAAAAUUCUACUGAUUAAAAUACAAGCCUUCGGUCAUGCGAACUUCGCUUACGUUCAGCCAUUUAAAACACAUCGGCGUCAUUAACGUAAAGGCGACAACACAUCGUGCGACGUUAAAGCACGUUACAGCGGGAACUUCGGCGUCGGCGCGUUUUCAACGGCCAACGCCCGUGUCGGUGGGUUUACAUUUGGCCGCAUGCGUUCCGCAUCCGGUAGCUCGGUUAAAAGACAGGUAGCUAAAAGUUACAGAGCUCUGUGUCAAACGUGGUUACGUCAUGGAAAUAUUUUGAAUUAAACAAAAAAAUCGAAAUUCGUCCUUGACACUUUGGACGUGCGACAAAGUAUCUACUAAGUAUAUUCGCGCACGUGGAAACUAUCCUUUCUCGUAAAAAAAUCUCGAUUUCCCAGCAUCUCAAGAUCUGGACCAUGUAUGAGAUUUAUAUGGGAUAUUUAGAUGGCUUGGAUUUUCGGGCGAUUCUCAAGCAACACAAGACCUGACGACGACCACGACCUGACGAGCAAUGACCCUCUCGCACCUCCCACCCCUUUCGCACUCACCCACUCCUCUAGACAGCGCGGGUGGUUUUGGCGUAGGAGGAGGGUGGGGAGAUCCUGCCGGGAACCCCCGACCGGUCGGAUCCUCCUUUGCCUGCCCCGAGUCAGUAUUGCCGGGCGUCUCGACGCGGCCGCACGUAUUGGGGGAUGCUGUAUGCACGGUGCAGCCCUUAUCUCGUCUCGCGGUUCUUAUACUACUGUUUCAAGGGACCCGCCCACAUUGGUAACACGCGAUAUAAUGCAAACUAUAUAUAAGGUUUUAUAAGUAAAACGCCUAUGGUGAUCCGCGAGAUGAAUCUGUCUCGGAGAGUUUUCUUCUCUUGCUCCGCCGUGUCGGAGGACUCUGAUAAUCGGGGUGAUGACAAUGGUGUUAGGGGUGCUGGUGAACUGGAGAAUGGUGACGUUCACGAUGGUUGUUGUUAUUGUUCUGACGAGUCACGCAAUUACGGGACCACGGCCAUCAAUUGCAGACGCGGACGAUCGGCAUUUGUUGUUGUCGUCUUGAGCUUUCUUCUUGCUGCGCUUCCGUGCUCGCAACCCCUAUCUGCAAAGGCUGGAGGCAUAAGGGUCGAAGUGAAUGUACCCAAGGAAGCGGAAGUGGGCGCCACUGCUGAACUCAAAUGCGAAUGGACGAUAAAUGGUACUCUUUAUUCCGUUAAAUGGUACAAGGACGAUCAUGAAUUCUUCAGAUAUGUUCCUGACAAUACGCCACGUAUUCAGACAUUUCCGCAGCAGGGAGUUUAUCUGGAUAGGAAGGCGAACAGCGAAAACUCGAUACGCCUGACGCAACUCACCCUCAACACUUCCGGUCAGUACAAAUGCGAAGUCUCCACUGAAGGACCCUCAUUCGACACCACCUACAGGACAGCCAAUCUGACCGUUAUCGCGGUUCCGGAACGUGGACCGGAAAUAACUGGGUUGGCGUCUCACUAUGCAGUCGGUGAAAACGUCACGGCUAAUUGUACGGCCUGGCCGUCUGUACCCAAGGCAAAAAUUUACUGGACCGUCAACGAUGAUCUGAUGUCACGUGAGAAAAUAAUAGAGUAUCCAGAACAAGUUGGACCGUUCCGAGGAAGCGUAUCGCGACCGGAAAUGCCGGAGAUUUUGGGUUUGCAUCUGGAAGCGGAACCGCGGUAUUUUCAAAACAACGACGGUGCAGUACGUGUACGAUGCGUGACGGAGGUAGGAAGCCGCCGUUACGAAAUAGAACGGCGAGUUCUCAUGGCUCAUGUGAAUAAUCAACGUCUCAGUGCUGGCGACUUACUUCGCGGUGGAUCCGCCCGUUUCGUCCCGAAUAAUUUUGUCGUUGUGUUGACCCUCGUCGUACUUUUUAUAGCGACGAGGACGAUGAUGACCGCCAGGGUCAGGACUGCUUCCAUAAGCUUGACGACAGGGGAUAUUCGCAUGACGUGACCAUCCCUCGGUAGGUAAAAUAUUCUCGUGAGUUUAUAGACGCGAUGAUUCCGUGUCAACGCUUCUCGCAUUGUCAGUAUCAAUCGUCCGAUCCUUUGUACACGUAUGUUAAUUUAUAUGAAGAAUGAUAUGAGACGAAAAUUGAUAACAGACGAAAUAAUAUGUAUACAGUGUUACGUGCGACUAAGGUUAUAUUCGCGGCUGUGUAACAAUUAUGAGCAUUCGUAUUCGACGAUGAGCGACGUUCGUCGCGUUCAUGGAUAUUCUUAUGGAAAUUAUUAUUCACCGUCCUGUAAUUGAGGGAGCGAUCAGGAGCUAUGCGAUUAAUCAAAAAUGUCUGGUCCGCCGUGAAGCGUACAUGGGAAGAUAUGAUAAGCGGAUGAUAAGGAUUGGCGUUUGAUGGGGUAUACGCCGGGAAUCGAAUAUAAGCGAAAGUGCUUAAACGGCCAUUGGAGAGUAGAGAAAGUUUUUGGAUUUAGUGAAUAAAUGUUUUUACUGGUACAAAUAAUGCUGUCGGAUAAGUACCUUGAAUCAAAGUGCAGCGCGCUAUGACUGUGAUGGACUCUUUAAAGAAUUUUAAGCGGGAAAUUCAAAGUUAUCAUUCUUUCGCUUAUUGUCACAGUUUACUCUUUAUACUUGAGUUAUAAAUUUUUCUAUUUUGCAAUGGCCUUUAGUCACUCGUUGCCGGGAUUGGCUGCGCAGCACAUAUCACAUUGUAAACGGACACCGAUCAUUAUGUACGAUCAUUUAUUUGUGAAACACUCAAAAAUGAAAAUCUGUAAUUUUGUCACAUUUUUCCUCGUUACUUAACAAGAUUUCCUGUUGAUACACAGCAAAUAAUAAAAUUAUGAUGAAAUAAUUUUGGAAUGAAAAAAGGUUAGUCCACCCUUACCUAAACAAACUUUUGCAAAGAAAAAUCUCAUAAACUGACCCAAAAGCGAGACUUACAAAUGUAAAAUAAAGUCGAAUACAACGCACCCAAAAAUUAAUUUAAGCGUUUGAGUUAAAGCAUUAAAGCAAUAGCAAGAUUUCCAUGUGUCAAUGAUUCUGUUUAGUCAUAUACAUAUAUCCAAUAUAAAAGAAUAAAAAAUAAAUAUAAAACUUUUUUGUACCAAAAAAAUUUCCUUCAAGCAAUUCGAACAAUCCUACAUAUUCCUUCGCGCCCGGAUACGUUUAUAAAGGUGGGAUCGAUAUUUCAAUUUCGUGGUGCCUCGGGCACUGGAAGCCAACGCUACUUUCCUGGCUUGUCCAAAAGUAACGCAAUUUCUCGAUUUUCCUUGUAGUCUCUCUGUCCUCCUUCACCUCUACCUCUCGCACUUCUUUUCUUCGCUACGUCGGCCAUUCCCAAUGGAUUUCGGUUCUGUUUCUCUGUAAUGGCCACCGCCGUUUCUCCCGUUACGUUCAAUGCUCCAGGACGUCCGCGACAGAAUCCGCCGCUUUUCAAUUCUACCAACGGCAUAAAGAAUGGAUACGAGAAAGUCAAGAAUAAAAUACAAGCUUUUUAUUCAGUAACACAAUUUCAUGAAUAACAUUCAGUUCCUUUGUUCGUCCCUUUUAUUUCUGCAUGUUACGUCAUUCGAAUUUCUCCAAAACUUUCCCGCCAAAAAUUCAUCACUUACGUCGAUUCAUGCCCGCGUGAACGUAGAGACAUCUGCGAUGACGUUUUUCUGAAAACAAAUUGGUAAAGUGAGACGAUACGAAAGAGUCUAUGGCCACAGUUGUAAAUCGAUAAAGUACUUACUCUUGUGAAUCAAUUGUUAAUAUUAUGAAUUAGAGCAACCGAUGAGAAUUUAUACUUCACUGGCCAAAUAAGAGUCGACAAAGUGUAGAUGUAUCAUAAGAUUGAAAGACGGAAAAUAUAUCUAAUGUACUUUAGUCUAGGUAAGAUCGAUUAAGCGAGAUGAUUUUCGAGAAUCCGUUUGUUUAUCUUAAUUAAUGAUAGCUAUGAUUAAUCUGUCGACCAGUUCUAAAGAGAAAGAGCGAAUAGAAUAUGGUUCGAAGGAAAGAGUCUAUUGGUGUACUGAUGAUGUGCGUGAGAUAAAAGAAAUAUAAAAUUAUUGUAAAUUCGUUUAACGAUAAUUCAGAUAAUAUAUCCGCAUAAAAAGUCUAAAUAACGUAUUACGAUAUAAAUAAAAAAAAAUUAUAUUGACGAAAGGUUUAAAGAUUUAAAGCAUUAUUAUAUCUGAUGGUAUAAUGAUAUCGUAUAUUAUAUUAUAUAUAUAUAUAUAUAUAUAUAAACAUAUAUAUGUAAAUAUUGCAAUAAUGCCACUGUGAAAUAUAAGGGUGUUUGACACAUAUAUUAUUAUAUAAAAUAUAUUUUAUAGGAUAGAUUAUGUUUUUGUAGGUGACCAAAUGUCCAUGUACACUUGCGCGAAGAAAUUUUACAGCUGACGACUAAGUGAUUGUUCGUAAUUAUCAAUCGUUGUUAAAGUCGUCAGAUGCAGAAAUUCUCUAUUGGUGAUAUUUACGUCGACGUCCUUUCUUUUCAUUGUCGAAUUCAAUGAAGCACCGUCAAUCCCACAAUUGAGUAGUCCAAUGAGAUAAUUAACUGUAAAGUUAUUCUUGAAUUAUGAAACUCGAAUUAUUCAUUGGAGUAUCUGCACUGCCUUAUUUCAUUUGAGUAAUGACAGAUCCAAGGCACUGAGAAAAAAGUAAAAUUAAAAAAAACGAUAUUUCAUACAUUAUCGCAAUAGUGUCACGUUUGAUAAUUUUCGAAUGAUACAACGAAUUUGAAAGUUAUUUAAAACAAAAGCGAUGCGUUAAGUUUCCUAGUAAUUCGAAACACGAAAAGCGGUACUUAACCGUAACGAAAAAUAUUUGAGGUCAAUUACAUAAAAAUGUGUCAAAAUUUUUAGCAAGAAUGACAGUGAUCAAAACGAAGGAACUCGACUUAAAUUGAUUAAGAGAAGAUUACAAAAUAUGUACAGAUAUAUAUAUAUACUUGUCUCUAUUUAUUUAACAUGACUAUUUUUCAUUAAACAUUAGUCGUACCUCCACGUCACCUACAAUGAUAAGAAAUAAUCACAUCAGGCAUUCUUACUCGUUCAUAUGCACGUGUAUCUUGAACCCUUCUCGAGGAAUAAAACGAUAUCUGAAAACUUUGAA